UAAUCUAAAUUUAAGAUUUAUAAUGAUUCCUUUGUUAUUCUUAUACAAAGUUUUUUUUUUGUUUAAUUAUAAAAACAAACUAUUAAGAAUAUACCUACAUUUAAGAACUUGAUGCCCCUUGCUAUACCUUAUGUACACAUCUCUCUCUCUAUGUAUAUAUAUGCGUGUGUGUAUAUAUAUGGGAGCUCGGUAGUGGUUUCUAGCUCAUUUUUGUUUACAUUUAUCUCUUUUCUAUCUUUUACUACUCUUGCAUGUUCUUUUAUUUACAUCUCUCGUAAACCCUAGUAAAUCAUACAAGGUCGUGUUGGAUUCAAGAAGCUAAACCUUGUAGAGUUUAUAAUCAAGUUAUAGCAAUGGAUAAAGAUUACUCGGCACCGAACUUCUUAGGUGAAUCCUCAGGCGGUAACGACGAUAACAACUCCGGUAUGAUAGACUAUAUGUUCAACAGAAACCUUCAACAACAAAAGCAAUCGAUGCCGCAGCAGCAACAACUGUCUCCUUCAGGGUUUGGAGCAACGCCUACUUUUGAUAAAAUGAGUUUUGCAGACGUGAUGCAGUUCGCCGACUUUGGUCCGAAACUGGCGUUGAACCAAACAAGAAACCAAGACGAUCAAGAAACCGGGAUGGACCCGGUUUAUUUCUUGAAGUUCCCAGUCUUGAACGAUAAGAUAGAGGACCAUAACCAAACCCAUCAUCUCAUGUCUCAAGAAGGAGGUGAGUGUGAAGGAAACAUUGGCAACGUGUUUCUUGAAGAAAAGGAGAAUCAAGACGACGAGAACGAUAACAACUCCGUGCAACUCCGUUUUAUCGGAGAACAAGAAGAUGAAGAUAGAGAGAACAAGAAUGUUACGACGAAGGAAGUGAAGAGCAAAAGGAAGAGAGCUAGAACAAGCAAGACCAGCGAAGAAGUUGAAAGCCAAAGAAUGACUCAUAUCGCAGUCGAGAGGAACCGUAGGAAGCAAAUGAACGAGCAUCUUCGUGUCCUUAGGUCUCUCAUGCCUGGAUCCUACGUUCAAAGGGGAGAUCAAGCAUCGAUCAUAGGAGGAGCAAUAGAGUUUGUAAGAGAGUUGGAGCAACUCCUACAAUGUUUGGAAUCACAAAAGCGUCGGAGAAUCCUAGGAGAAACCGGUAGUAGGCAAAUUGGAGACAUGAACACGACAACGACUUCUUCUUCACCCAUAACUUCGGUUGCUAACCCGCUAAUUAUUACGGGAAGUGUAACCGAAUUAGAAGGUGGAGGAGGAGGGCUUCGAGAGGAGACGGCGGAGAAGAAGUCGUGUUUGGCUGACGUGGAGGUGAAGCUACUAGGGUUUGACGCCAUGAUCAAGAUACUUUCAAGAAGAAGACCAGGGCAACUGAUAAAGACUAUAGCUGCUUUGGAGGAUCUUCAGCUCUCUAUUCUUCACACUAACAUCACUACCAUGGAACAAACCGUCCUCUACUCCUUCAAUGUCAAGAUUACAAGUGAGACAAAGUUUACGGCAGAAGAUAUUGCAAGUUCCAUUCAGGAGAUAUUUAGUUUUAUUCACGCAAAUACCACCAUGUAAUGAUUUAUGUAUUUCUCUUGGUAUUUCCACUAAAGGUACUUUUCAUAAGUUUAUGUUGGUGGCUUGAAAACAAAAGCUUAUGUUGGGUCUAUUUUAAACAAUUUUUAGAUGUCUUUUAUUUUUGUUUAUUUUUUUACCUUUAGAAUGUCAUCAUUUUCUGCCGUUUAUAAAAAAAAAAAAAAAGAAGAAGAAAAGAGAUGUCAAUAUUUUCUUUUAGUGUAGAUGCAUCUAAUCAUCAAGAAAUAAUUAACAUUUUAAUAAAUUAUUUUAAAGUGCUAAA